AUGGGAAUGAACUCUCAGAUUCAUGAUGUUCAGUUUGGAGCCACAAAACAUUGUAAGACAGUUAAAGGGUGUGAAGAAUGUCACAACUCGUAUGAGCAUGGCUGCCAUCGGCAUCGAGUGCAGACUUUAUGUGACAAGCCCGUCCCUUCAAGGGCCUGGGCCAGUUUACCAGUCUCUUAUUUGGCAAUUAACAAAGUUGGGACAUCUGAUGGAUCACCAGUGUAUGGCGUAUUUGCUCGGAAAAGAAUUCCAAAGCGAACUCAGUUUGGGCCCAUUGAGGGUGUACUGGUAAAGGCAGAUGAACCUCACGUGAUUUUGGUUGGGGGAGGAGAACCUCAGCUUGAGUUGUUGGUGGAAUCGGAAACUGGAGCCAUGUUGAAACUUGACAUUGAAAGUGAGAAUUCAUCUAACUGGAUGCGGUUUGUGCAGGGAGCUGAAAGUUUCAAAGAUCAGAAUCUAAUAUUGAGUCAGCAGGGUCAUUCUUUAUAUUUCACAACCACACGAGUAAUCCACCCUCGACAGGAACUCCAAGUAUGGUAUAGCCUUCCGUAUGCCAAUAAGCGAGGACUACCCCUGCUUCAACCCGACCCAGGAAAAAGAGGUAAUGCAGUCCAUGGUUCUUCGGAUCAUAUAAAGUUAUCUGUUGAAGACCUGGAACAUAUGUGGCCAUGCUUUGAAUAUAAUGAGAAAUUUGUCAGCUCAGAAGAGCUACAGAAGCACUUGAAUGUUCAUGACAAUGAACGUGAGGAAGACGGAGAACCUAAGAAAUCAAAGUCUAAGAAAUCUGGGCGAACGUUUAGGCGCAAAGGUGUGUCACAUUUUACACCAAAGAAAUUUAAGUCAGAUGGUGAUAAACGUACUGAAUUGUCCCCUUACCAGUGUCAUGUCUGUCAUCGAGCCUUUCCUUGCAACUACAGUUUGAAACGACACCAGCUUCUGCAUGUUGGGGAGAAGAAGUACAUUUGUGAAAUUUGUGGACAUCAGUUCUGUCAUGUGCACAACAGAGACAGGCAUGUUCGAAAACAGCAUAAACAUUAUGGCAGUGACAACAGUGGGAAACUUACUGCCAACACAGUUAUGAAGAAGAAGCCACCAGAGGGAGGUACACAGGAAUUCCCUAGCAAAAAGGAACUGAUUGAACAUGUAUCAGCGCAUAGUAAACCAACUGCUCCACAGCUACGCUCUCGCUUGCGUUCUGUAAACCCUGCGAAGCCAUGGAAGUGUGAUCUUUGUUACAAGAGCUUUGCAGCAGAAGAUCGCGUUCAGCAUCACAUGUUGGUACACAGGGCUUAAGAAUUCAAGCCCCUGCAGUGUGACAUAUGCUAUAAGCGUUUCCUCAAUAAUUCUGCUCUGGCUUGCCACAUAAAAAUUCACAGAGAGAAGAAGAUCUAUGAAUGUCCAAUUUGCAAGGCAGUCUUUGACCAGGUCCUUGCUUUGAAAGAACAUACGCACAUUCACUCAGAAAAUGGAUUAUUUACUUGUCUGCAGUGCAGUAAGGUGUUUGACGAGUACAAUCAGAUACGCAAGCAUGUGCGUGCAUUCCAUGGUGGCAAGCGAUUCCCAUGUGGACUGUGCGAAAAAGAAUUUCCCGCCCGGAUAAAUUCAAUGACAUGCGUCAUGGAACGUAUGCAUUCGACCGAACAGGAACUGCGACUUUCCACGAAACCUUAUCACACGCCAACUGCCAAGAAAUUCAUGCCCAAGGUACAGGUUUCUCCAACAGAUUAUCAUCGAUUUAUCUACAAAUGCCAGACUUGCCUCUUGGGGUUUAAGUGCCAUGGAAUGCUUGUGAAUCACCUGGCAAAGCGUCAUCCUGACAUCAGUCCUGAUUCUGUUGCUGAACUUAAUUUGCCGAUCCUGAAAACAACCCGAGACUAUUACUGUCAGUAUUGUGAAAAGAUUUAUAGAAGUAGUUCGAAGAGAAAGGCUCACAUCUUGAAAAAUCACCCUGGAGCAGAGUUGCGAAUGAGCAACCGACGAAAGGGAGGCAUUCCAGAGAUACCAGGCAUACCAAACCCAACAUUCUCACAGACUGUAGGCAGCGUAACAACACAUCCACAUGGCUGUCCCUGGUGGCACAAGCAGUAUGCAUCAAAAGCAAAGUUACUGCAACACCAACGCAAGAAACACAUUGAUCUGCUGCCUCAGAACCAGCAGAUAUUCAGUUCUGGAACAACCAGAAGUCAUUGGAAGGCCUGUCAGUGCGAUCAGUAUUCUUCAGCGUGUUUCAGUCUUUAAUUGUACUGCUGUAUGUAUUGGACAGCGACACAAAUACAGUGAAUAAGCUCACUUGUUUUGUAGGACUUUGCACAGAAGUCUGGAAGAUACAGAAGGUGGUUGACAUCAGUAUUGACUACAACGCUCGAAUAUUUGGAUUUAUUCCAAGGAUCUGAUUCUCAGAUAAGGGCUCGUACGUAGAGUCGAGUACUAAUGAGCAUGACAUGCUUGCGUUCUACUGGCUGGCUAUGCCGACUACUCCCUUUUCCAGCAGGAGCACCGUGGUUGGUAUUCUUUCGUUCUCAACAUGCCUUAUGGCUUCCUUCUCACAUUUGGUUUUAUAAUGAUGACACCACAACUUUUCAUCAACUACAAACUGAAGUCUGUAGCACAUUUGCCUUGGUGUAUGAUGUCUUACAAGUUCCUUAAUACCUUCAUUGACGACAUUCUUGCAUUUGUCAUGAAAAUGCCGUCACUUUACAGAAUGGGUUGCAUCAGAGAUGAUAUUAUUUUCUUCGUCUUUCUGUACCAACGUUGGAUAUACAAGAUAGACCCCCUAGGGAGAAUGAAUUUGGCUUUUCGGCAGAGAUGGAGUAGGAGGUGGCGGGAGCACAAAACGUGCAGCUGGCAGAUGGUAUAAAGGUCGCUAUUACACCAGCACCGGCCAAAGGCGCCGAAUGCAAGAAGAAGGAUUAACGUCUGUGCCGUGUUCAGAGUCUCAACAUUUUCCUAGAAAAUGCAUAAUGAAAUGAAUGUAAAUUUAUUGCGAGUUGUAAGACAUUUUAAUAAUAAUUAGUUGCAGUACUGCUGGCACAUUUAAAAGAGAAAUAUGUGGUCCACCAUUAUAUUUCGAUGUAACAUUGCCAUUUUAUUUUUGUCCCG